CCGCCGGAGUGGUGGCAGUCAUUCGGACGCAAACAGAGCGUCGGUGAAGUGGUGAAAACGACUUAAAACAAGUUGUUAUUUUAUUAGUGUUAAAAAGGAAAAAUUGUAAGAAAAAAUCAUGCGGUUGUCUUUAUCAAGUUGUUUACUGCUAUCAAUAACAAUAGCGGUUGUAGCAGCAGAAUGGUCCUGGGGAAACGAAAAAAAUACCGAAGCAGAAGAGCAAAAAGAAAAAUCGACUGAAUUGUUAGAAGGCGAACAUCUUACUGUGGCUCAGGACAAAAGUCUCGAAACUAACGAGACUGUACUCGACGGAAUUGUUGAUGAACUAAUUAAUGGCAAGCAAGGAAGAAGUUUGGGCGGCUUCGAUGAAGUAUACGGCGAUCCCACGAUAAAAGAAGCACUGGAUGCGGGAGAUGAUACCGAAGCGAGAAAUCUGAUCAAAGAUCGUCUGUGUACUUUAGGUCUCAUACAGUGUGAAGAAGGAGAAACUCAAGAAAAGCGUACCUAUGUAUCUCCCGACGACCUCAUUUACGCACAGCCCGUGGAUAUAAAGCCUAUUGGUAAACCCGUUGCUUCUAUUCCAAUCCGAGGACCUCCAAGAGCUUACGGUCCACCAAAACCGAUGCCAUACCCUUCUCGUCCACAAAAGCUGCCGCCCAAGAGAAUCGGAUACGGAGGCAACAUUCGCCCAGGAUUUUCAGACAAAUAUGGCCUUUCUGGUAGCAAUUACCAGUUUUCUCAGAACAGCGGAGUGUAUAACGCCCAUGAAAGUAAUUUCGUAACAAAGCCACCAAUAUAUGCAAAUGAGGGACCCUAUGCUUUUGAAAAUUCUAAACCUACCUACAAUAAAAUACCUGCUAACGUCCAGACUGGAGUCAAAACAGACAUCGUGCAACAACAUGUACACCACCAUUACGUUCACAGCGAUGCUGAGAAAGAUCCUAAAGUUAUCAUUAAACCUGUAGCAAUACCUGUCGGAUCUGUUGGACAUUUAGGAUCGCAAAACUUUGCUCAUGAGUCAUCUGACGUUAUAACAGCAUCCGGUGGUGACUACAGUUCAAUUACAUCAGGAGGCUUCAAACCUAUGACAGGAAACUAUCCAUUGUAUACUAAACCAGUGUACGAAGCAGACACCGUUUACGGCUCGCAAUAUGGUCAUACCAAUGUCAAUAAAGGAAGUGCUAAUAUUGCAUCCCAAUCAUUACCUAAUCAAUAUGCAAACAAUGUCUUCGAUGAUCAAAAAUACAGCAACUCAUUAGGAAAUUACGCAUCUCAAAAUACAGAAUUUUACAAGAAAGAACUUCAUGUGGGAUCCGCUAACAAUUUAUACAAUCAAGGUCCAGCAACUUUCGGUCAAAGCAACCAGCAAAAUUAUCAACAAAGUUACCAUGAGCCAAAAGCUCAAGGAUUCGACUGCGUCUGUGUGAACUACGAUCAAUGCCCCAGUCAAGAAAUCAUUGGCCGCAGGGACGACUUAUACUUGCCUAUCGAUCCUCGUAACAAAGGCAGCGAGAUUGCAGCACUUACUGAAGAACAACUGGAUAACUUAAACGCAACUGUGGCUUCAGAUUUAGAAGUUGAUGCACAACAAAAUCAAACAACAGUCAAAAGCAUAAGCAAAAGAGAAGCGGCUACAGAUAAACAGGAUGACGCUGACAAGGAAGCUGAACCACGCGUCUUCGGACUGGCCGGCUACGGCGGCAAUGGCGGUAAUAACAACAAACAAGUGCAGCCCACGUUUGGUGUCUCUUUUGGGUUGCCCCAGCCUUCCCAUGGUGGAUAUCCCAUAAAUCCCUUCAACGCUAAUCCCAUAUACAAUCCUUAUGGUCCUGCUUUGAAUGGUGGUGGAAUUAAUUUAGGAUUGCUCUCGGUUAACCCUUUACUAGCCGUACAAGUGACCAAAAAUGAUUACGGGGAAAAAAUUGUAAAACCAUUUGUCAAUUUACACGUGACGCCUAACGAACACGUCGUCAAUAAAAUUGGUGAUUUAUUCCAUGAAAAGAAACUUUAUCUUUUGAAUAAGCACGAGCAUUACCAUCAUCAUAAUCCUUACGAUAUUUAUCAUAACAAGCCUUACGUGCAUGCUCAUAACGAAUUUGCCCCGCAUCACAAUUACCCCCCACCAAUAUAUUCUCCGCAUUCACCACAUUACGGCGGUUAUUACAGACCAAGUCCUUAUAAUUCCCCAGAACCGCAAGUAGAUAAUGAGGACUAUUAUGACGAUGAUAAUACGAAUCUUAAUAAUGAUCAUAUUGAUUAUAAUUAUCAAAACAAUGGUUUUUAUAACCCGAACUUCGAGAGGUCCGCUAAUGUAACAGCUGAUAAUCAAAAUAGCUACGCUAACAGAUACGCUUAUUCCCGUUCCUUAACUGUCCCUUCUCACCGUCCUGGGGCAAACCGGGGCGGCCAGAGUAUACGAUUUCCUGAGAACAGAAGGAAGAGAGAAGUUUCUUUAGACAAAUCCAUUGAAGAGCGUCAGGGAUACUUCGGACGCCCCAGCCCUCAACGAUGCCAACAAAACCAAGUGUGCUGUCGCCGACCGUUGCGCCCUCAGGCAUCCAACCGCGGCCAGUGCGGUAUCCGACACUCGCAAGGGAUCAAUGGAAGGAUCAAGACACCCUCAUAUAUAGACGGCGACAGUGAAUUCGGAGAAUACCCGUGGCAGGCGGCUAUUCUAAAGAAAGAUCCGAAAGAAUCCGUAUAUGUGUGUGGUGGUACCCUUAUUGAUGGACUUCACAUUAUGACUGCUGCUCAUUGCGUUAAAUCAUACAAAGGCUUCGAACUAAGAGUGAGGCUAGGCGAAUGGGACGUGAACCACGAUGUCGAAUUCUACCCAUACAUCGAGAGGGACGUGGUGUCGGUACACGUGCACCCGACGUACUACGCCGGUACCUUGGACAACGACCUCGCCAUCCUCAAGCUGGAGCAUCCAGUCGAUUGGACCAAAUACCCGCACAUCAGCCCCGCCUGCUUGCCGGAUAAAUACACAGAGUACGCCGGACAGAGGUGCUGGACCACCGGAUGGGGAAAAGACGCAUUCGGUGAUUAUGGAAAAUACCAGAACAUUCUGAAAGAAGUCGACGUACCAAUCCUAGCCCACGGUCAGUGCCAGCAACAGUUGAAACAAACCAGGUUGGGCUACAACUACGAGCUGAACCCUGGUUUCAUCUGCGCGGGCGGUGAGGAAGGCAAGGACGCGUGCAAGGGUGACGGCGGCGGCCCCCUGGUAUGCGAGCGUAGCGGCACGUGGCAGCUGGUGGGCGUCGUGUCAUGGGGCAUCGGCUGCGGGCAGUCCGGCGUGCCUGGCGUCUACGUCAAAGUCGCUCACUAUCUAGACUGGAUCUCACAAGUCACUGGAAAAUUCUCCAAUUACUAAGAGAUCAUAAAUAGUAUUUAUUACUAUUGAUUUAGGUAUUAACUUUUAUUUAAUAAAGAAUUUUAAUUUAUUAUUUAACUUUGGGCGGUAAUGCUCAGAGAAUACGAGUAAUCGCAUAUGCAGAUUUUUGUAA